AUGGUCAUAGCAAAUGAUUUUUUCUUCUCUGGACUCAGUAAACCUGCAGACACUGCAAACAAAGCAAACAAAGUUGGAUCAAAUGUCACUCUUGUAAAUGUCGAUAUAUUAGCAGGUCUCAACACUCUAGGCAUAUCUUUGGUUCGCCUUGACUUUGAAGCAUACGGCUUAAAUCCUCCUCACAUUCACCCUCGUGGCACUGAACUUUUGGUAGUCAUGGAGGGCACUCUCUUAGUUGGAUUUGUCACAUCCAACCCAAGCAAACUUUUUACUAAAGUUCUAGACAAGGGAGACGUCUUUGUAUUCCCAAUUGGACUCAUUCACUUCCAAUUCAACAUAGGGAAGACCAAUGCUGUUGCCUUUGCUGGUCUUAACAGCCAGAAUCCUAGGUUGAUCACUAUUGCAAAUGCGGUCUUUGGAUCUAAACCUCCCAUCAAUCCUGAUGUUCUCAUCAAGGCCUUCCAACUAGACAAGGGUGUAGUUGAAUAUCUUGAAAAAGAAUUCAUGUCAAACUAG